AUGAACUUGGUCGGAGAAUUUCAUAAGGUGGAAAUCAAUGGGAAACCAUACCUCACAUAUUUUUUCAAGAAAAGAAUCAAAAAGAAGAAAAUACCAUAUCUCAUAUUCAACAACCCUAGAUAUCCAGUAUUACAACCACACAGCCCAAACUCGUCCGACCAAGAAAACUCCUCCGAUGAAGCAAACUCAUCCGACCAAGAAAACUCCUCCGAUGAAGCAAACUCGUCCGACCAAGAAAACUCCUCCGAUGAAGCAAACUCGUCCGAACAAGAAAAAUCCUCCGAUGAAUCAAACUCCGCCGAUGAAGAAGCCACUGAUUCCGACGACGACCUCCCUCUUGAACCUCUCUUCUUGUGCCCUUCAGUACGAAUCCAAGAAACUUCUGGGAGUCACGAGACUUUGUUUUUUGACCGUUGGAGGGUCAGGACCGAAGGCUUUUCCAUGUUCACGACUUCUCCUCUCUUUGAUAAUGACAGCUAUGGUCAUCAUGUAUUCCCUCUCUUUUGGUGCAACAACAAAGAAGCCGGUCCACAAGGCGAGUGUUCUGCUUGCUCUUUCCAAACACCCGGCACAGACUAUUAUUUCUGUGUUGCGUGUGAUAAAAGGUACCACAAAGAAUGUGUCGAAUCUCCGGUUGAGAUCUAUUAUCCUUGCCACCUCAAACAUCCUCUCAAACUUUAUCUUUCUGAAGACAGAUCUAACCAGUAUUGCCUCCUCUGUAGAGGAAAAGCAGAUAUCAUGGUUUAUCAUUGUUCUCGCUCCGACGUUUACAUGCAUGUGGUUUGUGCUCAGAAGACGAUACCCAUUUUCAUUGACCAUCCAAAAAGACAUGAUCAUACCCUCACUCUUUUCCCUAGACAAGCUUCUUUAACCUGCAAUAUUUGUGGUCUGAUAAACAAACUCCAUUUAACCUACGUUUGUCGUUCUAUAUGCGACUUCGUAGCACAUAGUGAUUGUAUCUUUAUCCCACAAACUAUAAGAAUAUCUCGCCACCACCACCGUAUCUCUUUCGUUUCUUCUCUUCCAUUAGGAGGUUGGUCUUGCGGAGUAUGUCGUCGAGAGGUCGACUGUGAUUAUGGUGCAUACACUUGCGAUGUGUGUCGUGGCUACGCUGUUCACACACGGUGUGCAUUGCGCUAUGAUGUAUGGGAUGGAAUAGAACUCGAGGGAAUACCAGAAGAAGAAGACGAAGAUGUUGACCCGUUCGAGAUGGUAGCUGAUCAAGUUAUACUCUACUUUUCUCAUGGCCAUCCCCUGAGCUUCGAGACGAGUAGAAUUUUUGAUGAAAACAAGCUUUGUCAAGCGUGUGCACUUCCAAUCUAUGAGGGACAUUUCUAUGACUGCUUGGAAUGUGACUUCAUCCUACAUGAAGCAUGCGCAAGUGCUCCGCGUAAAAAGAUCUAUCCUUUACAUCCCCAUCCACUAAAACUAGAGACAGUCCAUCCACAAGGUUUCUUCUAUUGUCGUGUAUGUGGUCGCAGAAGCAACGGUUUCUUCUAUAGGUGCUCCAAUGGGGACUGUGACUACCAAGUAGAUUUAAGGUGUGCCAUGGUUUCGGAGCCGUUUAAUUAUCACGGCCAUCGACACCCUUUAUUCCUCGCUUUAGACCCAAAGGAGAAGGCAAUGUGCAACCUUUGCAAGUCAACAUCUUCAUAUGAUCGUAAGGUAUUAAACUGCCUUGAAUGUGACUAUAUUAUAUGUUUCGAGUGCGCUACCUUGCCGUACAAGGCAAUGUAUAAGCAUCAUAAAGAUUACCUCACCUUCUCUCAUGGAAAUGAGGUGAGUGAGUCAGACUGGUGUGAGUUGUGCGAGGGACAAGUAGCAGUUGGAGGUAAUAAAGAAGGGUUCUACAAGUGCAACAGCUGCGGCGUCACGCUUCACGUUGAUUGCUUACUCGGGGAAGACCCUUAUCUCAAACCUGGUGUUACUAUCAAACCCGCGGGAACAGAGGUCUGGUUUCGUAUUCUUCGCAACAUCUCUUCUUCUCGGCCGGUUUGCACGACCUGCACAGACCGUUGUCAGUAUCGGAUAUAUUUUCAAAAUGAAGCAAAUGUAUACUGUUCUUUAUUGUGUAUCAUCUAUUAA